UCAGUGUAUUAUCAGAGCAAGAGCUGUCGACUCGUGUUUGCUAUUCAUUAGCACGUAAUAUACCUUGAACAAUAUUUUCAUAUAAAAUGGCAACGAAAAAUUAUUACAACGAUGAUGUGAAAAAUAACGAAGUUUCUGAAACUACAGAAAAGGUUGACUACGAUCAACUGCUGACAUCUGCCGGCUCAUUUGGACGCUAUCAAGUUUUUCUGUUUUUUGCGACACUCCCAUUUUAUUUUUAUGGAGGAUUGACAUACUUUAGUCAACAAUUUAUGACAGAAACGUCUCCAAACCAUUGGUGCUGGAUUUCGGAAUUAGAAAACUUAACAAUAACUGAUCGCAGAACAUUAGCGAUACCAGAAGAUCCUGGUUCGCGGUUUGGUUAUUCAAGGUGCUAUGCAUACGCUGCAAAUUUUAGUGAAGUGUUAAAAACAGGAGAGAAGCCAAAUGCCUCCUGGCCAGUACAAACUUGUCAAAACGGGUGGGAGUUUGAUAAAUCAGAAAUACCAUAUCCAACAAUUUCUAGUGAGCUUGGUUGGGUCUGCGAAAAAGACAGUUACCAGGCAAAUGCACAAUCAAUUUUCUUUGUUGGCUCAAUAGUGGGAGGAUUCAUUAUAGGCUGGAUAGCGGAUCGUUAUGGAAGACUUCCAGCUGUUACUGCAAGUAAUAUGAUUGCUUUUGUAGCAGGUGUUGCUAGUGUUUUUGCAUCAAAUUUUAUGGAAUUUGCUAUUUGCCGUUUCUUUUUUGGUAUGUCUUAUGAUAACUGUAUGAUGUUAAUGUAUCUUCUAGUCAUAGAAUAUGUAGCUCCAAAAUAUAGAACAAUAAUAGCUAAUAUGUCAUUUGGCAUUUUUUUCACUUUGUGUAUUGUGGCAUUACCAUGGGUUAGCCUAGCAUGUGGUCAUUGGAAAACAAUUGGUUUAGUUACAAGUAUACCAAUGUUAUCAGCUAUUAUAUUUCCCUUUAUACUACCAGAGAGCCCUAGGUGGCUCCUUUCGAAGGGACGCAUCGACGAAGCAAUAAACAUAAUAAAAAGAAUCGGCGAAAUAAAUAAAAAAGAAAUAGCCCCAAAACUACUGGAGCAAUUUAAAAUUUCUUUAAAGAAAGAAGGUAAAGAAGAACAGCUGAGCAGUGUUGAGCUUUUAAAAAAUCCAGUUUUAAGAAAAGUUUUCCUAUGCACGUGUUUAAAUUACAUGUGUUGUAUGAUAAUUUUUGAUUCUUUAAUACGUACUCUUGGUUCAUUGGGAUUUGAUUUCUUUCUUUCGUUUACUCUCGUUUCAUUUACGGAAUUCCCUUCAUUAGUUAUUGUUGCUUUCGUACUGGAUUUAACUGGCAGGAAGUUUUUGUCUGUUAGUUCAUUGGGCUUUUGUUGUAUUUUUUGUAUCUUAGGUGUGUUCGUAGGAGAAGGAUUACCUUCUGUUAUUUGUACUAUAUUUGCUAGAUUUACUGUCAAUAUAGCCUGCAACACAGUCAUGCAAUGGGUAGUUGAGAUUUUGCCAACUCCUCUAAGGGGAUCGGGAGCUUCUAUUGUACAUAUAUGUGGCUAUGUAGCUACAGUUAUUUCACCAUACGUGGCGUACUCACACAAAUUAGUAUCUUGGCUUCCACUUUUUAUUAUGGGUGUCGUAGCGAUUAUUGGCUCAAUAUGCGCCCUUGUUUUGCCAGAAACAGCUGGAAAAGAGAUGCCUCAAACUUUACAAGAUGCAGAAGAUCUAAUAAGUAACACAAAGUUUUUUGAUGUACCUUUCCUUCGAAAGAAAUUAAACAAUACUAAAGAGGAAAAUAACCCUUCCUUUCAGAUGGAUUAAUUUGAUAUAAACUAGCAUAUUAUGUUUUAAUUAAUAUUAUAAGACUGUAUUUUAUUAAAUUUUCAUUAUAUUCAUUAAACUUACAAUGCAAAUUAAAAUUAAUAAUUCCUGUAAAUAAAGUUUGAAAUUGCACAA